CCAAAAAUACUACCGAAUAUCGGUGCGAAUUAGUCCACUCUUAGAGACCAGGCAAAUAUAAACAAAACCAUUCCCAACAAUUUGAAAAUGGCCCCGAUCCCACAAUCCGGCGGACAAAACAAACAUCACCCUGUCUCUGACCCACUCCAACUCCCCAACUUCACCACCUCUCUUUCUCUCUCCUCCUCCUCUUCCGCCAUGGAUGACCUUCCAUUGCAGAAGGUAACCAUCUCAGGCCCAACCCUUUCUUCCCUCAUCAACCGCUUCGCUUCUUCCCCAUCAAACACUCAAGGCCUUCUCUUCGGCAAAUUCUCUCUCCAUACUUCUUCUCUCUCCGACGAAUCCCCUUCUCCUUCUCUCUCUCCUUCCUCUCUCAUCGCCACCAUUACCGGGUUCAUCUCCUCCGGCAACUCCUCCGGCAACUCCUCCGGCGACCUCGCUUCCCUCCUCCGCCGUACCCACCACCGCCACGUCAUCGGCUGGUUCUCCGGUCGCCGGAGAUCCCCGCUUCGUCCUUCGCUUCACGAGUUCGCUGUCUCGCAAUCGCUCUCUUCUGAAUCUCCUCGUGUUUUUCUUCUCCUAACGACGCCGUUUAAUGAUACCCAAUCCCUGAUUCAUACUCAUGAGUAUAGGGUUUAUCAUUUCGUUCGAUUGGAGAAUUCCUUCGAAACGACGCCGUUGGAUGUGGUUAACAUUGGACCUGCGUUUCGAGGGCAGUAUGGUGCGUUUUCCCCGAAUUCGGAGCUUCCCUGCUUGCCCUGUAAUUUUCAAGGUGGGUCCCCUAUGAAGGAGGAUGAGAAGGAGAGAGAGAAUAUGAAUUUGAAGGAGAUGAAGAGGGUUGCCAAGGAUCAGAAGGAUUUGGAGGCGUACGCCGCGGCCGGGUACGAGUUGGGGAGUUUGAGUAGGUUGGUGGGAUCAGAUGCUGUGAGUUAUGUGAGUGGAGUUGAGGAGUUGUAUGAGAAGAUGCUUGCUAAGCUUGAUUGCUUGGCUACUCAAGUUGAGGGAUCUUCUUCUAAAGUUCUUGAGAUGGAAAUUCAUAACAUGAAGUUGAGGCACAAAGUUGCUGGGCUUGAAUGAUUGGGAAUUGUGGAUAUAAUUGGGCAUUUUUUUGUUCUGGUACCAGAUUACAGAUACCCUUCUAAGAGGAAUAGUUUCAGCCAACAUUGCUCUGCAUUAUUGGGCUGUUAUGGAGACAUUUUAUUUCAAGCUGUAGACUCUUAAUAAAAAUUAAAUUUGGUACUUUUGAAUUUUGGCCAGGCUUUUUUCUUUGUUUGAUAGUAUAUUGACCAAAUAAACAAUUGGAGUUGUAAUAGUGAUCUAGUAGGCCUGAAGUAACACCUACUUUUGCUUUUGAGACUUUAUAAAUUGCUUCUAUAGCUCUAUACCUAUACAAAAACUGGUUGUUAGGGAUCCAUUUAAACAGGCCUGAGGAUGAUAAGUUUAAACCAGCAUUUCCGAGAGAGCUUGAUCUGCUCCGUCAUUUUAUAUGGUUGGGAUUCUUGGGAAUGUAAAAACCAUCUAUGUUUAGUUCUAACCAGCCUAACCUAAUUUGCUCUCACCCUCCUUUGAAGUUUGCAAAAGGCGAACUAUAUCAGCAAAUUGGUAAUAUUGUCCCAAGAUAACAAUUUAGGUAGUGAAUUGCUAACCCAUAGAAAGUUUCCAUAUUUGGGAAGUGUCCGCUAACGGUCGGUUUAGGAAAGUGUGUCGCUUAAGAAAAAAAAAAUGGGGUAUUAUAUUCAUCGGUCUCAUAAUUGUUAGUGUUGACAUUGUUGAAAUUGUGUCUUCUCACACCAUUUGUUUUUGUUAGAACCAAUUUUUGAAGGUUUUCUUAUGUGUUAGAUAGUUACAUAAUAUUUCUCCCUAUUGUCAUUUUGCUUAGGUGAAUGCUGUCCACAUAUGGCUGCAAAAUUUAGACUUUAAUUGAAAAGACAUUAAAUUAUAUGGUCAUGGAUUAUGGAAAUCACAUAGAGGAAAGUAUUAGGGGGUGUUUGGUUUGGGGUGUUCAUUUAAGGUUAAGGGAAUGAAAUGACAUGAUUCACUUUGGAAUAAUUUAUUCGGCCAUUUUUGUGAUAUCCUUUACCUUCUUUUCUUUUCACUUCCCCACCCCCACUCCCACCCCCUCAGUUAUUUCCAUUUUCUUUCCCCACCCAUUACCCCUUCUAUCUCUUUCCUUUCAAACCCUAAAACCCCAUUAAUUGCCCUUCCUUUCCUAAACUUUGACGAGUUCCCUCCAACCAUCUCCAACCACUAUUCAUAAUUUGAUUUUCUAUGUUGAAUUUAACUGUCAAAGGAAAUCUGCUAGUAGUUCAUUUUCAGAAAAGAUACCAGGCUAAUUUCUUUCCUUUCCCCUUGUUUUCCUUAUUUGGAUUCCAUUCUGUGUACCCUACCUGAUUGUCAGAAUUAAAAGCCCCCCUAAAUUCUGUCAACCAUUAAUAGUUGGAACACUUUUGAAAGUUUUUCCUUGAUGAAUGUAUAAGAUAGUCCCAUAUGUAAUAGUUCUCCCUUAUUGUCAUUUAGUUGAGAUAUCCUAACCAUAUAUUACAAAGAGUACGGAAUAUGGAUCAUGGGAAUUAGAUUAUAGGCACUUGUGGGAAUUAGUUUUUCGGAGAACAGUGCUGGUUAUUCUCUUCUGUUCAUUCCUUCCGAUUCCCUGUACCUCGGAUCUAUUCUUUUGUAUGGUAGCUGCUUUAUUAUCUACCUUUUCCAUCAUGGGCACAUUUGUUGUAUGAAUUUUGGAAUUUUGAGUGAUGGCAAUGUCUAUUACAUCAGUUGUUAAUAAAUUAAAUGCUUAAGCUAUUUUCUAUUCUAAUUAGUGAUUGUAGUAAAACAUGAUGUGUUUGAGGAGGCUUGGUGUCUAUUCUUUAGGUCCUUUGUUCUUGUUAUCCUUAUGCUCCUCAUUGUUCUGGUUUUUGCCUGUUUUAACAUGUAAUGGUAUAGACUGUGUACAAAUAAACUGUGAGGGAUCUGAGAAAUUGUGUAUUGUUGCAAUGUCAUUCUUUUGAGCAAUGGAGAAAUAGAAGGGUGAUGGCUUUUCUUAUUUUUGCUUACCUACUGAUCUUUGCUUCAGUGUGAAAGCCUGAGGUUUACCUACAUCUGAGAGACAGCCUUUCAUUAUGAUAUCGAAGAGUAUUGCAGAAGCAAGGGGUCAUAGAGGUUAUUAAGGAGAGUUAGAGUGUCAAUUUUGGAAAUCUUAUCAAACACUUAAUGAGUAAAAUGGCUCUAAAGGUCAAGACUUUUCUGAUCCUUGGGGAUCUCACAUGGUUACUUGAGGUGAUAUUGUAAGAGCAUGUUUAAUGGAGGGGAUUCAUGAAUCCCCUUAAUUCUUCUCUCUCCUUCUCUCCUUUUGACACAUCAUUUCUCUUUCUUCCACAUCAUUUUCCACAAUCUCCAUCCUCUUCCUCUUCCUCUUUCUUUAUUUUUUCCCACAACAAAGGGGAUUCAUGAAUCCCCUUCCUUUCUAUUUAUUAACCAACUUCUAUUUUAGAUAUUUGUAAAUUUUAAUAUAAUUAGAUUAAUGACAAUUU